GGUCGCCGGCAUGCAGGGUGGCAGGGACAGGGACGGCGGCCUGGGACGCGCCGUGUGCGUGCUGACCGGGGCCUCCCGUGGCUUCGGCCGGGCCUUGGCUCCGCUCCUGGCCCGGCUACUGUCGCCCGGCUCCGUGCUGGUCCUAAGCGCCCGCAACGACGAGGCGCUGCGGCAGCUGGAGGCGGAGCUGGACGCCGGGCGGCCCGGCCUGCGCGUGGUGCGGGUGCCCGCCGACUUGGGCGUCGAGGCCGGUUUGCAGCAGCUGCUCGGGGCCCUGCGCGAGCUCCCCAGGCCCGAGGGCUUGCAGCGGGUGCUGCUCAUCAACAAUGCGGGCACUCUUGGGGACGUGUCCAAAGGUUUCGUGGACCUGGCCGACCCAGCUGAAGUGAACAACUACUGGGCUCUCAACUUGACCUCCAUGCUCUGUCUGACUUCUAGCAUCCUGAAGGCCUUUCCAGACAGUCCUGGCCUCAGCAGGACUGUGGUUAACAUCUCGUCCGUCUGUGCUCUGCAGCCCUUCAAGGGCUGGGGAUUGUACUGUGCGGGGAAGGCUGCCCGUGACAUGCUGUUCCAGGUUCUAGCCGCAGAGGAACCUAGUGUCAGGGUGCUGAGCUAUGCCCCAGGUCCCCUGGACACAGACAUGCAGCAGUUGGCCCGGGAGACCUCGAUGGACCCAGAGUUACGAAAAAGGCUGCAGGACCUGAAGACAAAAGGGGAGCUUGUGGAUUGUAAGAUGUCAGCCCAGAAACUGCUAAGCUUGGUGCAAAAGGACACGUUCAAGUCUGGAGCCCAUGUUGACUUCUAUGAUAAUUAAGCCAGUGUCCUUGGCUUUCUGGGGCUUUCUUCCCCCCUCUCUCAGGCACACCCAGGAGCCCUGUGCCACCCCCCAUUCUGCCACAGGGGCACUGCCAACCUUGCCUUACCCAGAUAAGCACUCAUACCUACUGUCCUGCCCUCAGAACCAGCCGGCAGCGAGGGCCUCGGGU